AUGGCGUGCCCUUUUGAUGAUGAUCCUGUGGAUGAUCGUUUUUCUAGGGAGUUGUUAAUUUAUUUAACAAACCUACUAAAACCACACAUCUCAAACGUGACAAACCGUGGGUCAGUGCUUAGCACCAAACAAAUUCUUUGUAUUGCUCUGCGCUUUUUUGCUACGGGGAGGUUUCUCUACAAUGUGGGCGAUGCAGAGCACGUGGGAAGGGCAACAGUGUGUAGAGCCGUUAGUACAGUAUGUAUGGCACUGAAACGGUUUCUACACACUUUUGUACAGUUCCCUGGCCAUAAACCUGUGCGCUUUAUUAAAGAAGAAUUCCACAGGGUGGCAGGGUUCCCAAACGUGAUUGGGUGCAUUGAUGGCACCCACAUUCCUAUUAAAGCUCCAUCUAUCAAUGAGGGAGACUAUAUUAAUAGGAAGUCUGUGCAUAGCAUUAAUGUGCAGGUAAUAUGUGAUGCAACCCACCUAAUCACUAAUGUUGAGGCAAAAUGGCCUGGGUCUGUACAUGAUGCCAGAAUAUUUAGGGAGUCAUCUCUGUGCAACAAAUUUCAACAGGGACACUUCUAUGGUUACUUGCUGGGGGACAGAGGAUACCCUUGCCUUCCCUAUAUAAUGACACCCUACCCUGAUCCUGAGCCCGGACCACAGACACGCUUCAACCUGUCUCACAGCAGAACACGGGCCAAGGUGGAGAUGACAAUAGGCAUUCUGAAGGCGAGGUUUCAGUGUCUGUGUAGGCUCAGGGUCACUCCAAAUAGAGCAUGUGACAUCACAGUUGCUUGUGUGGUACUUCACAACAUUGCCAAAAUAAGAGGAGAGAGGAGGAUCCAAUAA